AUGGCGUCGGCGAAAGAGUUUGCGAUAGCGACUCUCUUGACAAGCGACUCCUACCUCCCAGGCGCUCUCACUCUCGCAGCCGCUCUCAAGGACGUCCACCCGCACCCGGCACAGGAACCAGAGGUCGACUUCCAGACCGUAUGCCUCGUCACGCCGGAGACUGUGGACGUCACGAGCAUUAAGUUGCUCAGGCGCGCGUUUGACCUCGUCGUCGGCGUGGAGAUCAUAGAGCAGGACAAUGAACAUGGUCUCCGCCUAUUGGGUCGCCCGGACUUGACGACUGUUCUGACAAAACUGCACGUCUUCCGCCUGACGCAGUUCAAGAAGAUCAUCUUCCUCGACGCGGACGUUCUUCCGACGCGCCCCCUAUCGCAUCUGUUCACCCUCCCGCAUGAGUUCUCUGCGGUGCCCGACGUGGGAUGGCCCGACAUCUUCAACUCAGGCCUUAUGGUUCUCAGCCCUGGCGAGGACAGGUUCAACGCGUUGAUGCGCAUGUCGGAAUCCCACGGUAGCUGGGACGGUGGCGAUCAGGGCCUGCUCAAUGAAUGGCGUGGCGACGACUGGAACCGGCUGAGCUUCACUUACAACACGACACCGACGGCGGUUUACACGUACGCGCCUGCGUACGAGCGCUUCGGCAAGAAGAUCUCAGCCAUCCACUUUAUCGGCCCCAACAAGCCAUGGAACAAUAUCCCCUGGCGCGCCCCUGGCUCCAAGGAGACGCACGACAAGGCAUCCGAACCUCUGCAGGUAUACGACUACUCGAGUCUGGUCGACCGCUGGUACGCUGUCUAUGACAAGCACUACCGGUCGGCGCCUGUCACUGCGGCUCUUGAUUACGCUGCACGCCGAUACGAGGCUGCCUGGGAGUCCAACGGGAGCGCUGGCGCUGACAUGCCUGCACCGCCCGUACAGAGCGCAAACUCGACCUCUGGUCCGUUUUCGCUCGAUGACCUGCGCCGAAUGGCUAUCGAGGGCUUCUCGGGUCCUGCCUACGCCCAGUCGGGCGAGGGCGCCUAUAUUCGCUUGCCGCUCGAAGGACGCUUCGAUCUCAUGCGGCCAGCGCGUGCGCCGCCAUCCCUCCCGGUCGAUAGGGACGAUGGUGGCUUCGCAACGCCGACCUUUGCGGACGACGAUCAUUUUUUUGAGGAUGGGGCGGCCCCAGUGAGCGAGGAGUCGCCCCGUCCAGGCUACCAUCCGGGGUAUGAUCUCGCUCAGGGAACACCCUUCGGCUAUUCGGCAGGCCCAUCACAUAGCUUUCCUUGGUCGUCUGACAGUCACUCGGACACCGAUGUCGCCCCGCCACCUCCGCGACCUGUGCACUAUCGUCGUCACUCGGGCUCCCGUGUGCGCACCGAUCCGCCUGGCGCCGCUGCUGGCCAUGACCAUCGUGUCCCGGCCACGCACUAUGUCCACACCGAGGAGGCCAGGCAACAGUACUACGAGUCGUCUGCCUCGGAUGCCGAGCAUUCCAUUCCGCCCGAGCGCUCUCAAGGACAUCGUUAUCGCUCAAGCUAUGGCGCUCCACCUCCGCCUCACGUCGCCAGUCCAGUGCUUCUGCCUGAGCGAGCUCAAUCACCGCCGAUGCUGGCUUGGAAUGCAGCCCUUGACCCGCCACCCAGCACGGCACCUGUCUCACACUUCCCCAUGGACACGUACUUCGCCAAUGCUUGGGACCAAGGCGCACCCACUUACGAACAGCAGCGUCAUCUGCCACCCCCACCCUCUGCGUUGUUUGCUGAGCCACCCCCGUCGCAGAUCCCGAAACGACUGUUACAAGAGCGUCAGUAUGCGAACGUCAUCGGUGAUGUUGGCGAACAGACCACCGGAUCCCCUACCCCAAACCCCACCAAGAUCAAGCCUGUCUUCCCAUGGGAAGAGGAGCGUCGGUAUACACCUUCGCGCGUCUUUCCUGCCGGCGAGGGUCCCCCGCAGACGGCGCAUCUACAACCCCAGGGCAAUGAGACCACAGGGCCAAGCGAUUCGCCUUCGUCGAUGUUCAGUACUCAACUUGCAACCCCGCCACAGGUCCACUCUCCAGCCUCGCCUCCGACGCGCACGCUAGUAGGAGGACUUGGCUACAUGAAUGCCUGGGACACUGUUCCUAGCAUUCAGAAGUAUGCUACUCGCCUUGUGCGCCCGGGUCAGACCGGUGCUGCCGCGCUCAUGCCUGCCUUCGUUCCCGAUAACGGGAAACCGCCGCGACCAUACGGUAGCUACGAGAGCGAUUCGGCCAACGGCGACGACGAAGAGACGGACGACGAGCUCCUGGACCCUCAUGAACGCGAACGUGAACUGCGUCGGCGAUCGCGAUCAAGUUCGAACGCGAACAAGACCUCUGGCAAGAAAGAAUAUCGCUCACAAGGCCAUUCAGUAUCUACUUCGACCUCGACCCGCCCCGUCGGUGCUAUGCGCACGCGUCAAGACUCGUUCGAGGGCUACGGCAGUGCACGCUCGACUAACUCGGGCACUGGGCUGGACUCGCCGGCGCCUGGCUCAAGACUCCGGCAAUCUCACCUCGUCAACAACUUCGUCGAGGAGCAGCGCCGAUAUUCUCCGAAUGGAAGUCCGAAGGACGCCGGGUCCCCGCGUGGCACGGGUAGUGGCAAGACGACGCCGAAACGCGCGCCCCCGCCUCCGCCCAUGAAAACGCCCGCGAUGACACGUAGUCUGAGCAUGAGUAGUGACGCGCUCAGCACGCCAAGCACCGUUGGCCCACCGCGCAGUCCAGACGACGCAUUCCCAACACCGCUCCCUCCGAAACCCCCGCGUCGUGGCAGUAGGGUGUGGGACCCCGCCCGCGGUGUCGACGUAUUCAAGAAAGGUUCGGAGGAGGUGCUUGCCCGCUUCCUCCGCGUUGGAUCCUGGGAAGAUGAAGCGCGGAAGAACGCUGGCGCGUGA